UAAAACAUAUAUGUAUAACUCUUCGUGGCCACGCACAUGCGCGCGCCUCCGCCCCUCUCGGCCGCGCCCCUCCUGUCCGCCGCGAAGACCCACGCGCGCCUGAUCAAAUCCGGCGCCGCCUCCGACACCCACGCGUGGAACGCCGUCCUGACCGCCUACUCCCGCUCCGCCGGCCUCGCCCGCGCCCGCGACCUGUUCGACGAAAUUCCCCAACGAGACUCCGUCUCCUGGAACGCUCUCAUCGCCGCCCACGCCUCCUCCCCGACCUCCUCCUCCUCCUCCUCCUCCUCCUCCUCCAACGCCCUCUCAUGGGACCUCUUCCGCGCCAUGAGGGCCCUCGGCCUCCCCUUCGACCACUACACGCUGGGGAGCGUCCUCAAAGCGGUCGCCCGCUCAGCCCGCCUACAAUUCGGCCGCCAAUUGCACUCCCUAGUAUUGAAAUCAGGCCUCGACCGCAACGUCUUUUCCGCGAGCGCGUUGGUCGGCAUGUACGCAAAGUGUGCGAGUCUCCGCGACGCGUCUCGCGUGUUCGAAGCUAUGCCCGAGAGGAAUGCGGUCUCGUGGAAUGCGUUACUCGCCGGGUACGCCGAGGCAGGUGAGGUUGAUGCCGCCUUUCGGUUGUUCGGUAGGAUGGAGAGGGCGAGUUCGGUGCCCGAUGAGGCUACGUUUGCUAGCCUGUUGACUUUGGUCGACGGAAUUGCUUACCAUCGGUUGAUGUGCCAGUUGCACGGUAAGAUUGUAAAGUACGGACAGGCGAAGGAUUCUGUUGUGUGCAAUGCAGCAAUUACAGCUUAUUCGCAGUGUGGGUUGAUCGGGGAUUCAAUUAAGGUUUUCGAUAAGAUGGAGGAUAAUAGGGAUUUGAUCACGUGGAAUUCGAUGCUCGCAGCUUAUGCUUGCCACGGCCUAACGGAUUGCGCUAUGGAGCUAUUUGUUAAAAUGCAAGAGUUUGGGAUCAAUCAAGAUAUGUAUACUUUCACCAGCGUGAUUAGUUCUUGCACCGAUCAUGGGCAUCAUAACCAAGGAAGGAUCUUGCAUGGCUUAGUGACUAAGAGGGGAUUAGAUGGGGAAACGCCGGUUUUUAAUGCACUAAUCGCGAUGUACAUUAGGACGAGCGAGAAUGGUAUGAUGGAGGAUGCUGUCAAAUGCUUUGAUUCAAUGGAAUUUAGAGACAGUGUGACAUGGAAUUCGAUUCUAACUGGUCUCUCGCAAAAUGGUCUGAGCACGGAGGCGUUGAGGUUCUUCGGCCACAUGCGAUCCGUCGAGUUCAAGAUCGAUCAUUAUGCAUUUUCUGCAGUGCUCCGCUCUUGUUCGGAUCUGGCCAUCCUUCAACUGGGUCAGCAAAUCCAUGGAUUAGUCCUCAGAACAGGUUUUGCUUCCAACGAUUUUGUGGCAAGCUCGUUGAUUUUCAUGUACUCUAAAUGUGGCGUGAUUGAUGACGCUAGAAGUUCCUUUCACGAAUCCGACAAAUGUAGCUCGGUGUCAUGGAAUUCAAUCAUAUUCGGGUACGCGCAACAUGGACAGGCACGAAUUGCGCUCGAUCUGUUCACGAAGAUGCAAGAAAGGAAAGUCCCACCAGAUCACAUUACUUUUGUCGGUCUAAUUUCCGCGUGUAGUCAUAUAGGCCUAGUAGAAGAAGGAUUCAAUUUUCUAAAGACAAUGGAAUCAAAAUAUGGAGUUGCGAUCCGAAUGGAGCAUUACGCAUGUGGAGUCGAUCUCUUCGGUCGAGCCGGGCGGCUCGACGAGGCGAAAGAGCUAAUCGAUUCGAUGCCCUUCAAACCGGAUGCGACGGUGUGGAUGACGCUCUUAGGGGCAUGCAGAAUCCACGGAAAUAUGGAGUUGGCGAGCGAAGUGGCCAAGCAUUUGCUAGAAGCAGAGCCUAGAGAGCACUCCACAUAUGUGCUUCUCUCUUGCAUGUAUUCUGGGUUUGGGAUGUGGAAUGAUAGGGCACUUCUUCAGAGGGAGAUGAGGAACAGAGGUUUGAGUAAGGUGCCUGGUUGGAGUUGGAUUGAGGUCAAGAGCAAGGUGCACUCAUUCAAUGCAGAGGAUAGGUCUCACCCUCAGGCUGAGGAGAUCUAUGAGAUGAUAGUUAUGCUGAUUGAAGAAAUAGAGGUGUUUUCCUCCAGGGAGAGUGAGAUUGAUGACUUUGAGUUUGGAUAAAUAUCCAAAGAUUUUUAAACUAUUCUUUAAAAUCAUGAUAGAAGUAUGCUUGGUGCAUGCAUUUCACUAGGUCAGGGGCAUUUAUUUUUGUCCUCUUAUUAGCGUUCAGCAAGUGGUUCCAAUUCCAAUAUAGUAACAUGUCUGGCCAAGGUGCAAAAUCAUAGCGCCCCAAAAAAACAAUAAAAGGGCUUUUUUUUUUAUUUUUAUUUGGCUCCGUCAAAAAAACUUAUGUUCACAAAUAACCCCAUCAAUUUUAUAAUUACAAUUUUGGCCUUA